CGGGGCGGAGCGAACCGCCGGCUGCCCGCCCUCCCUCCCUGCCGCUCCCCCCGCCGCCGCCGCCGCCUCUCCUCCCCGGCCUCCCUGAUGCCGAGGAAUGGAUAGAGCGGCUGCCCUGCGAGCCGCCGGCAUGCUGGAGAGGAAGGAGCGGAGCGGCGGCGAGGCGGCGGCGCGGGGCUUGCCGGCCGUGCGGAGCACGCUGCAGCAGUGCGGGCUGCUGCAGGACCUCAUCGACAUCUCGCUCUCCAACCUGCGCGGGCUCCGCACGAAGUGCGCCGCGUCCAACGACCUCACCCAGCAGGAGAUCCGCACCUUGGAGGUGAAACUGAUUGACUACAUCCACAGACAACGGCAGUGUAAGCUGAGUGUGCCCCUGAAUGACAGGACAGCAGAGCUCAACAGCUACCCAAGAUUCAAUGACUGGUUAGACAUUGUCAACGUGAGGAAAGAAGUUGUACAGAGAAUACCAGAGGAGCUAACCUUAGAUGCCUUACUAGAAAUGAAUGAGUCAAAGGUGAAAGAAACAAUGAAGAGAUGUGGUGCCAGAGAUGAGGAGUGCUCCAGACUCAAUGGGGCACUGAGCUGCUUACGGAAGGUGACUGAAUCAGGUGGGGAGUUAAAAGAUGAUGUGCUGAUGAAUCUUUCUGAGGCACGCCGAGAAAACAGCUCUGCAAACACAACCGAAUCCCCCUGCUCCUCUGUGCCCACAUGGACACCCUCCGCACUGCACCUUCCCAAGGGCAACAGCCAGCAGGCACGUUCUGUGUCAGUAUCUACAAUCCCGUCUUCAGAUUCUCUUGCCUCAAGUCAUGGACCUUCUAUCUAUGCAGAAAAUCUCCUGGACCCUUUUGCAUUCCCCGCACACAGUGGAAGGUUAACGCCAAGGACUCCUCACAGCGUCACCAUCACUCCGCCCACCACUCCUCAAGCCAAGAGGCGGCACAAGUUGAAGCCACCACGGACUCCUCCUCCCCCUUGCCGGAAGGUUUUUCAGCUGCUACCUAACUUUCCAACCCUCACAAGGAGCAAGUCCCAUGAAUCACAGUUGGGAAACAGGAUAGAUGAAGUUCCUCCAAUAAAGUUCGAACUCUCCCAAGGAUCCCCUCAAACGGUACGAAGAGACUUUGGCUUAGCUGUAACACACAGAUUCUCUACAAAGUCUUGGUUAUCUCAGAUAUGCCAAGUCUGUCAGAAAAGCAUGAUGUUCGGGGUGAAGUGUAAGUACUGCAGAUUAAAAUGUCACAACAAAUGUACUAAAGAGGCACCUGCUUGUAGAAUAUCUUUCCUUCCCAUAACAAAAAUAAGAAGAACAGAGUCUGUCCCUUCUGAUAUCAAUAAUCCAGUAGACAGACCAACAGAACCACAGUUUGGAACCCUUCCCAAAGCACUAACUAAGAAGGAGCAUCCAUCAGCAAUAAAUCAUCUGGACUCCAGCAGCAAUCCUUCUUCUACAACCUCAUCCACACCAUCUUCUCCAGCACCUUUCCAGUCUUCCAACCCUCCCAGUGCAACACCUCCCCCAAACCCAUCUCCUAUGGGCCAGAGGGAUGGACGAUUUAACUUCCCAGCUGCCUACUACAUCCAGCAUAGACAACAAUUUAUCUUCCCAGAAAUUCCCAGUCCUGCACAAACAGCACAGCCUCCAGAAACAGCUGCAGACACUAAUGCUGAUCAACAGCCAGACGCAGAUGGAGUUGAAUGUGAAGCAGAGAUGGAAGAACCGGAGACUAAUAAAUCAGAACCUGAAGAUGAUGAGGAUGAGGUGGAAGACUUGCCAAACAGACGGCCGCACUUGCAAGGGAUGAUUUAUCGCAAACCCAGCCAGACCAGCGUCUACCUGCAAGAAUGGGACAUUCCCUUUGAACAGAUUGAACUGGGGGAUCCUAUUGGCCAAGGACGAUGGGGGAAGGUUUACAAGGGAAAAUGGCACGGGGAGGUGGCCAUCAGGCUGCUGGAGAUAGACGGGAACAAUCAGGAUCACCUCAAGCUUUUUAAAAAGGAGGUGAUGAACUACAGACAGACCCGGCAUGAGAAUGUGGUACUUUUCAUGGGAGCAUGCAUGAACCCUCCUCAUUUAGCAAUCAUUACCAGCUUCUGCAAAGGAAGAACGCUUCACUCCUUUGUAAGGGACCCCAAGAUAUCCCUGGAUAUUAACAAAACCAGGCAGAUAGCACAGGAGAUCAUUAAGGGCAUGGGGUAUCUUCACGCAAAGGGGAUUGUACAUAAGGAUCUGAAAUCCAAGAAUGUUUUCUAUGACAAUGGGAAAGUUGUGAUCACUGAUUUUGGAUUAUUUGGAAUUUCGGGUGUGGUUCAGGAAGGAAGGAGGGAGAAUGAACUGAAGCUGCCUCAUGACUGGUUAUGCUACCUGGCCCCUGAAAUUGUUCGUGAGAUGGCCCCUGGGAAAGAUGAAGACAAGCUGCCUUUCUCCAAAGCUGCAGAUAUCUAUGCCUUUGGGACCGUGUGGUAUGAGCUCCAAGCAAGAGAAUGGCCUUUCAAGAACCAGCCCGCAGAGGCGCUCAUCUGGCAGAUUGGAAGUGGUGAAGGAGUGAAACAAGUCCUUGCAACUGUUAGCUUGGGGAAAGAAGUCAAUGAAAUUCUCUCAGCGUGCUGGUCAUUUGAUCUCAGUGAGAGACCCAGCUUCACGGUCCUCAUGGAUAUGCUGGAAAAACUGCCAAAACUGAAUCGACGGCUCUCCCACCCGGGGCAUUUCUGGAAGUCUGCUGAGUUGUAGCUACUGGUGCAAUAAUGGGCUCCACCUUGCAUGCUUCCAUGUGUUGUAUCCUAACCGGCAACUUGGACAAUCACCUUCCAUUUAAAAAAGCAAAAACCAACCACGAAAUUAACCCAUGGACAUAAUCAACACUUUAUCCGAAUUCUCCUUUUCUGCCUUUUUCCGCUUGGUGUGGGCUGUUAGCUUGAAUAACAACUCCUGUCUGCAAGAAGUUACUGUCUAACAACGUGGCCACCUUUCACUUCUGAAGCAUUUCAGCAGGCUGUAACUUCCUCCUACGAAGGGUCUAAUGAUCUGCUCUCUAACUAACAGCAAGUGCCGGGCGUCCUGCCCAGCAGGUCGGGGUUUUUCCUGGAACUGGUGUGACUUGUGCAUGUCCUGCAAGUCUGAUGAGGCAGAGGGGGGCCGGUUCCUAGCUGCAGUCUGAGGUUCUGCCUGUCACCCUCAGCACCGGACUGCGCCUUUGUGACUGAAGGUAACAGGUACAUUUUCACAGGCUCAGCCAAUGACUGAACGCUCCGCUCGCGCUGCAAACCAGCAGGAGUUAAGGGCCAGGUUGUGUUGGUUCUCCCUUGGGACCAGAGCCGGCGUGGAAGCCAGGGUCAAUUUUGUCAGGGGCUGGGGGAAGCUGGUGUGGUUCUUGCGUGGAAGGAAGGAUGGUCCUCGCUCUGCUUGGAGCAGAUUGCGGUCCCUUGGCCAGCAGCGGCGUCCAGAACUGGCCCCCACGGGUCAGCUGGGAUCAGCCACAAUGGUGUGUAAAAGAGGAGGAAAGCAAGAGGGCCCUUCAGUUCCUCCUCCUCCCCUUGCAAAUCCAGUGCUUUGAAUUUUAUGAUUUGCUUCUGUUUACAUCCCCUGUUCAACAGAAUGUCUGACAUAACGUUAGGGGCUUUGCAGAACUGUAGGUAACACAGCAAACACGUGCCUUUUUAGAAAAGGUCUUUCUUCAUUCUUUACUGAUUCAUGAUUUUGAAAAAAUACCUUGUUUUGGAGGGGAGAGGAUAGGGACGGAGGAGAAUAUGCACCAAGAGCCAGGGAGGCUUCUGCUGUCUUCAGUGAGGACAAAAACACCCACAUACUCAUUCAAAGUCUCCUGCAAGAGCUCACGUAUCCAGGCUGCCUGCUUUGCUGUCACCUGAGUGCGUAUGUGGGACGGCAUUUGGAAGUGAAAAUGUUUCUAGUUCUGCUGCCAGUUUAAGGGUGAAGGAAAGACGUCUUUAUGCACUAGCUACAGUCUGUAAAGAGGAGCAAAUGGGUUUGGGGUUGUUGGAACCGAUUGAUGUACCUUGUCAAACACACUGUUCUCUUAAAACUCUCAGUCAGUCAUUUUUUCCUUCCCUUCUACUUCAAGGAAACCAAGUGCCCGUUGAAAACAAGUGUUGGGCUUCUACCCACUUUAAGUACUUAGGAAAACCUCCCGUUUCUCCAGUUCGAGGCAAAUCAGAUUUGUGCUCUAUGUUUUCACUGAUGAGGUUUGCAUUAAUAAAUUCAUGUGUUUACUACUUAAUCACCGCUACUUAAUUUGGGUGAUCUGAAGUUGUAUGAGAUCAGUCUAACCCAUUUUAGUUCCUUUCAUAGGACUGUAGCUUUGUAAGAAAAAUUAAAAGUAAAUAACUCUUUCCCCCUCCCUUCUCCUCUCCCUCCCCGCUCUUUUCAGCAUUAACAGUAGCAAAGUUGUCCUGCGUUUUGAAAGAUUUGGCUUGGGAAUCCUGGAACCGAGUAAUCAAAAGAUAUAGCGUGGUGUGUAAUUGUCUUGUGAUAACGUUGUCUGCCUGCUUACACAAAGCAUCCGAAAUCUUCACUGAAUCUUCUGAGCUAUGAAACUGGUGCAGCCACAGCUGAAAGCCACACGACCAUCAGUUCACAGUCCUGUGUUGUUUGUAAAGUCUCAAUUCUGCCUGAGCACCAGCAAUUAUUUAAAGAAUGUUUACAUGAUACUUUUAUGUGAACUAUAUUUUUUUAAACAUAAUAAACAGUGAAUCGAGUUUAACUACAGCCAUUCUCAACUAGCACUGAAAAAAAAAGAACUAUUUCUAGUUCCUUCUCAUGUCUGUGGUAAAUGGGAGCUAUCUUCUGCCUUCAGAGAAUUUGUUUUCCCUAAGAGAAGUGGAACUGGGCGGAACUGGCUUGUUUCAGAAUGUCAAUGCAUCUGGUACAAGGGCUGUGGAGUUCCAGAUUGCAUUUUUCUUUCAUUAAGGUAAAAAAUCAAAAGCAAUCUCCCCAAGCAUUGUGCUCUGAGGUUUGUCUCAGCAGGGAUGGGCCAAGCUCUGGGUUACCUCCACUUAAGUUACGCUGGUGCGAUUCUGAUCGGGGAGGCUGUGUCUCAAUUGAAGAUUCAAGCGCUCUUCCCCCCAGAACUCACACUAAAAGUUGCUUGUUCUCAUAAAAUCCUCUAGGAAGCUGAAGAAUUGCUGGCCUUUUAAAAAGUAAAAACAUGACUUGCACUUCUGUGCACAGGGACCAAAUUCUUCUGAAGUUUAAGGCACAACAUGUUCUAGUCCCCUAAACCAGCACCAUUUCUGGAACUGUAACACUGACCAACAGGCCUCGACUCUUCCUGCCCCCCUCACCCUUUCAUUUGUAGAAGAAAAGACUUUGCCCAGCGCUGCAGGGUGAGGUGAGAGAGACAAGGCAAGGAGAAAGCCAACCCUAAAUAAUGCAUUAAAUAAAGUCUUGAUGCAGAGAGCUUGUUAAGAGAUUCAAAGUCAUUCUGCCAUGCACACACAGUGUUGCUGGCUCCACGUUAAGUUUGUAAGCUGUUUGUUUUAAAAGAAUUUAGGACUAAAGCUGUUGUUUUGGGGAAAUGACAGAUCUUGCAACUAAGAAAGUUACAUCUUGGUCUAGAGGUCCUGCCUCAGCCCAACAGCUCAGACUUGUUUCAAAGGUUAAUUUGAAGACAACCCCCGCACAGCCCUCUCCAGCAACACGCAGGUUGUAAAGGAUGCAGCCAAUUAUUGCACGUCAGGUGACAGACACAUUGUCACACUUGCAGAUGAGUUGCCAGCAGCGUUAGCAAAGGCUCCUUCCUGCCUCCCGGUCGUAUUCCUCUGCCCCUGCCAGCCAGAGCAGGGGGAGAACCCCCGUUACACAACGAGCGUUCAGGUCCUUUCAGUACUUCCUUGUGGUCAGACAGUUCCUUGGGGCUCCCUGGAAGUCACCACGUGUCUCCUCCAGCAGCACUGUCACCCCCCCUCACACCUCUCACCGUCAUCACAAGGGUCUGACGUGAGGAUCAGAGAGACGAGCUCAGGGCCCUCUGGGAGGCCAGCACAGGGACAGGCACUCAGCUCAGCUACUUGCAGGUGGCUGACUGACUUCGGUAAAAAAUCAAAGCGGCAAAAAUAAUUCCUGAGUUCUGUUGAGCAGAGAGCUUCGCUCCUACUAUGCGCAAGCCAGCUACAUUCUCUUACAGAUCUUUUCAUAGCGUCGCUUUUUAAAUGUGUCAGAUGCAAAAGAAAAAAUGGGUCUGGCGGUAGCCAAGCGUGGUAUUGCGGUACUCUCGACCUCCUGCCUCUCCCCCAACUUUGUAAAGCAAAUAAAUCCCCUCCAACUAUUACUGUGUACUUAACCUACACCGCUCGGUUCUCUUCAAGAUGCUACUGUUUGUUCUCUCACAAUAACGUUGUGCGUCAGCGGUUUUAAGCAGAAGUUGUUUUCCCAGCAAGUACUGCUUAAAUAACAGCACGGCCCACACCUCACACCGGGAGAGAUGGGACCGGUGACUCCACACACCCCUCGGCCAAAACCCGCCGCAGGCGCCGCUGCGCAUCUCGCCCUGGAGAAGAGCAGAAGCUGCUGCUGGACGCAGAUUGUUGCUUCGUAGCCUGCAGAGAUCUGCACAGCCCCUCGGCUAGCCCGGUGCUCGAGGGCAGCAGCAGCCUUGGUGUGCUCCUCACUCUUCAUUUCUGCCAUCCCUGUGCGUAAAGUGGGUCCCAACAGCCGGGACGCCCUGAACUUCUCGGUGUGGGAACCGGUCGCCCAACUUGCCGACAGACGGUGUUUCCUUGCCCGGUCAGCAGCAGCGUCGCUGCUGUGCAAAUGUGCAAGAACUGCGCUGGGAAAGCAAUACAGUCUCACUUGUUUUUUCUGAGAUGACUGGCUAAGAGAAGGACAGCCAGCACUGGAUGACCAGCCAGAUUAAAACAAAAUAAUUACAAAAAAAAAAAAAAAAAAAAAAAAAAAAAAAAAAUCACCUUUUGUCCUUCCCACAGUUGCCUUCAGGUGUCUGUGAGGACUUUCCCCUGCUUUCAGAGGGCCACAGCCUUCCUGUCCCUUCAUGCUGCACCUCAGAGCGCACUGAACACGAAGGGGAGAGUCAUCCCAGCAGAGCGCUGCCCGGGGGUGCCCCCGGGAACGCUGCCCUGGGCACAGGAGGGGGGGUCGAAACCUGCUUUAACUGUGAGAUUUGGGAUUCUAAUUCAACCUGGCCUUGGUUUAUGUGUUUCACACCCAUAAAUUGCUCUUGAAAGCGAAGCCCAGCCCCCCUGGACCCCGUAUAUCAGAGAGGGGAGACUGGUUACUGUCUCUGGGACAAUUUUUGUUUUAAUCAGCUGGUGUAAGAUGCCUGGCACUCGCCUGGAACCGGUGGAGUUGCACAGUUGUGAAGAGAGCGGAGCUCUCUUGUCCUUCAACAGGUCGCAGGCCAAGCGCCAGGCGUUCGGGUGCAUCGUUUUCUGGUCACACGUACUGUCUCCUCGUGUGCUGGUGGAAGGGCGUGAGGCACGGUAAGCCUGUACCAUUUUAGAGUUGUAAAUGUGAAGUUGGCUGUACAAUGCUGCUACAAAAGCCACACGUCAGUAGUGAAUGUAAAUGGAGUCUGUAAUAUGGUGAAAAUGGACACGUUUUCUUUUCAAAUGUGAUGUAAACUUUGUACAGUAAAAAAAUUUUUUUUUAUAUUUUCUAUCAACUGAGUGUCUUCCAGAAUUGCUAUUAAAUUAAUUAAAAAUUGUUAGUAUUAACAACAGUUUCUGUAUUAGUUUAUGCAACCAGCAAAAAAGGAAAAAAAAAUAAAAGAGUGCACUCUAUGCUAAUAAAAUUCUGGAUAUGUAGGAAUCUUUUCAGUGAAUAAAUCUUUGCUCUGGAUAAA